UUGGGUCCGUUUCUCCGCAGCUCUCUGGAGCGCCGAGCGGCGACUCACUGGGCUGUGACGCGUCGGGCCGGGGAGGAGGAGUCCGCCUUGCGCUUAAAUACCAGCCUCCAUCCCGCACACCGGACAGACACGCACCAGCAGCGCGACACCACGAGCUCCUCCGCUGACCAAACAAAGAGGGCUGCGCGACCGCACUUUUACGCGCUCCUUCACGUACAUCCAAUCCUCGGGAGAGGAUAACAUUCGCCGCACACGGGUUUAACCAUGAUCAAGAAAAUGUCGCCCACCGAAAGCGACUUUGACAUCCCGGCGAAGAACUGCUACAGGAUGGUGAUUUUGGGAUCCACCAAAGUUGGGAAAACGGCCAUCGUGUCCCGCUUCCUGAACGGCAGGUUCGACGAGCAGUACACGCCGACCAUCGAGGACUUCCACCGGAAGGUGUACAGCAUCAAGGGGGACGUGUACCAGCUCGACAUUCUGGACACAUCGGGGAACCACCCUUUCCCCGCCAUGAGGAGACUGUCCAUCCUGACAGGUGACGUGUUCAUCCUCGUCUUCAGCCUGGACAACCGCGACUCCUUCCAGGAGGUGCAGCGGCUCAAGCGGCAGAUCUACGAGACCAAGUCGUGUCUGAAGAACAAGAUCAAGGAGAACAUCGACGUGCCCCUGGUCAUCUGCGGCAACAAGGGCGACCGGGAGUUUUACCGGGAGGUGCAGCAGGAGGAGAUCGAGCAGCUGGUGGCCGGGGACGACCAGUGCGCCUACUUCGAGAUCUCCGCCAAGCGCAACGAGAACGUGGAUAAAAUGUUUCAGACCCUCUUCACUUUGGCCAAGCUGCCCCACGAGAUGAGCCCCGACCUCCACCGUAAGGUGUCCGUGCAGUACUGCGACAUGCUGCACAGGAAGUCGCUGAAGAGCAAGAAGAUGAAGGACAUUGGCGAGGCGUACGGCGUGGUCACGCCGUGCGCGCGGAGACCCAGCGUGCACAGCGACCUCAUGUACAUUAAGGAGAAGGCGAUCGGAGGCGGCCAGGGCAAAGAAAAGGAGCGGUGCGUGAUCUGCUAAGCGCGAGACAUCAACUCGAAUCUUUGAAAAGAAGAAAGGAGCCAUGGUGCGUCAGCUGGAGAAGCGACCCGCGCGGUCGGCUGCGCUCCAACCAGACACGGGGGGCUUGGAGACGUCGGGGGCCGCCGCCGCCGCCGCGCGCUCCGGCGCAGCGCCGUCUCCAAGGACACUGACAGUGGACACGCGAGGCCGCACGAAAACCACUCAACGUACACAACAACCAACAGUGUCCACAAGACACAAGAGAAUGUUCGCUUAUACUGUCAGUCAGGCCCAGUGUGUGAUGUGGCUUCAUACCUUGUGAGACUCGCGCAUCGAUGCGUAAAAAAAAAAAAUCUGUUUUAUUGACGUCAUGUCUUGUACACAUGCCAGAGAGGAGAGAGGAAACAGAGACUCCUGGUUCCGGAGGUGAAGUGUUGGGUGGAAAAAAAAAGUUGUUCACCACUUAUUAUAGAUUUUUAUAAGGGCACACUUGAAUGUUUUUGUUGCAAUCCGAACACUUUUUCUGAAAAAACGUGAAUGUAUAUUUAUUGUCAAUAAUGAAUGUCAAUAUUUUGCAAAGAAGAAGAAGAAGACAAUCUUGAAAUACAAUAAAAACAAACGACAGAAACUAAAA